AUGUCCUUUCCACACAUGCAGCGUUUUAACGAUUUGGACAAUGAGUUUCAUUUGGCCGAUAGGGACAGAGACAAUCUUCUCAACCCUGGAGAAGCAAAAGCUUAUUUUGAUCAAUUCCAAUUGCCGCUACCUGUGAUGAAAUUUAUUUGGACUUCAGCCAAAACUAGCCAGGCACCAGGACUCACAGUUGAUGAAUUUAAACAUGCCAUGUCUUUGAUUCGUCAGGAACUGACAAAUCCAGGAAGUUUGCCUGUCGGAAGUGGUGGUUCUCCUGCCAAUUUUCAUCCUCCACAAUCGCCUGGAUUUGAUUACAGUAUCAAACAAGAGGAACGGGAUCAGUAUGAAACCAACUUUUCAAAUUUAGCACGAGGAAAAUACACAAUUCCCUAUGAUGAGUGUAUGAAUUUCUUUUCAAAGGCAGGUCUUCCAAACGACAUCCUCAACACUAUUUUCCAAUUGGCUGACUUUGAAAGAAACAAGGUAUUGGACAAGGAUGAAUUUGUCAUUGCCAUGCACUUGGUACGAUUGAAGAGAAAGAUGCCUAAUAUUCCAAUUCCUAUGCAACUACCACCCGUGUUGAUUCCGCCUUCUAAACAAUCGUUGGUUGGUGCAGGUACGCCUUCCGGAAUGUCCAGCCCACCAUUAAGACCAAGAAGUGAAUCAACCACAAGUAUGGAUAGUAUUAAUAAUGGACCUCCUACUCUUGUGCCAUCAUCAGGAACACUCGGUUUUGGAGGACCACCACCUCUCGGAAUGAGUAACAAUUUUGGAGGAAGCUUUAGUGGCCCACCUCCACUUUCCAAUAACUUUGGUAGUCCAAAUAUGAUGGGAGGAUCAUCGGGACCAGUUACUGUGGGCCCAGUUAGAGAUUUGGAAAAUCAAGUGAACAGAGUUUUAGAUGAAACUAGAAUGAUCAAUCAACAAAUGUUCCCAUUGCGUCAAUCGGUUGAACAAAAUGAUUUGAGACUGAACAGCUUGAGAGAAAGAAAGGCUGAUUUGGAAAAUGAUUUGAACCAAGUUCGUCAAGAGUUUGAAAAUUUAAAGAUGCAAAACCAAGCAAAGUCUGAAGAGAUUGCACAACUCGAGUCACAAAGUUUCAGAUUAGAGCAAGAAAGAUUAGAAUUCCAAAACCAAAUUCAAAGAGUCAAACAGGAAGUGAUGAGAUUGGAGCAGAUUUAUGAGAAAGCCAACCUUUCAUACCAAAGUGCUAGUGGCAUUGUUGAAACUUUGAGAUCUGAGUUGGAACAAAAUUUGAACGAGCUUGUCAAACACAAGGAUGAGUUAUUGAGACUUAAAAACUCCAAUCAACAAGGAGAUGAAUUUGCACAUGGUGUUGAACAAGAAAUUACUAAUGCAAAGAAUGAGUUACAAGCUGUUCGAGAACAACUGCAACAAGCUAGAAUGAUUAACGAGGAGUUACAAACUAAGGUCAGAAACUUACAACUUCAAAAGCAAGAUAUCGAACAAUCUACAUUUAACACAAAGACUGAACUUAGUGGACUUAUUUCACAAAAUGAGGAUCUUAAAAAUCAACUUUCGAGAUGCCAACAAGAUUUGGAGAAUCAAAAACAAAAGUCUGUUCCUAAUGCCAAGCUGGUAAAGUUGACUGGAUUAAUCAAAAAGAUUCAAGAAUACAUUCAUGACUUUGACUCAGCUCUUGGAGAAGAAUUCCCUAAUCAACCUGCAAGCGAAUUGAAGGUUGUUCCACCUGUCACUGCCAAAGUUGCUUCACCAGUUACCACUCCUUCUCAACCAAAACCUACUGUACCUCUAUCGAACUCAUCUUUCGGAAAUGAUGACUUUGGUUUUGGAAAUGAUGCUUUUGGAAACUCUAACUUGGCUGGAAAUAAGAUUCCUUCAACUCAACCACCAGUGUCCAGUGGGUUCUCUGCUAACUUUGGCGAUGAUUUUGGCUUUGAUUCUAAACCACCAUCAACUCAAACUAGUAAUGGAUUCGGUAAUGACGACUUUGGCUUUGAUUCUAAACCACCAUCAACAACAAAUUCUACCAAACCUCCUUCAUCUCAACCUUCAUCCACCAAGACACCUUCAUUCGAUAAUGAUGAUUUUGGUUUUGACUCAAAACCAUCCAGUGGCGGAUUUGGCAAUGAUGAUUUUGGUUUUGAUUCCAAACCAGCUGCAACAAAUACCACAAAACCAAAGAGUGGAUUUGAUGACUUUGGAUUUGACUCCAAGCCAGCAUCCAACGGAGGCUUUGGAAGCGAUGAUUUUGGAUUCGACAUCAAGCCUGCAAAGACGUCACAGCCAUCCUCUACCAAAACACCAUCUUUUGACAAUGACGAUUUUGGAUUUGGCUCAACAACCACUGCUACCAAAGGCUUUGAUGAUUUUGGAGAUUUUGGAACCAGCACUUCGACAACCAAUGCAAAAUCUACCAAACAAGAUGACUUUGGAUUUGACUCUGACUUUUCGUUUUCUGCAAACAAGACAGCCAAUUCUAGCGAUCCAUGGAACGACUUUGCUCAAACUAAUAGUGUGAUAACCAAAGAAGCUCCAAAGUCAGAAGGUUGGGCAGAUUUUGGCGAUAGUUUUUAA